GCAUAUUUGUCUGUCUGUGCGUCGCUCAUGUCAAGAAAACAUUGUUUGUAUCAGCAUGUUUACUGACGAAAAUCUAGAUCCAGUUGAAUUCAAAUCAUCGUGGAAAAAAGAAAGACAUGUAUCUGACAACAGCUGCCAAACAAGUGACUUACUCAUUGAAGAGGUUGGAUGUCAGUCCAUAGAAAGAAAUGAUGAAGGGACACAGACCGAUGAUGGACGUGACAGAGCACUUCGACUCGCUGAGACAGAUUCACAGAGACUGAAUCAGUUCCUCCAAAGAGUUGAACCUCUAAUAAUCACAGCAUUGUCCAAGAACCUCAAAAGUCAUGCCUUUGAUAAUCUCUUGACAAGUAGUGAAAAUGAAGGAGCCUCAGUCACCUGUGUCCAUACACUUGGCCAUACAGCUCUCAGUGAAGAGUUCCAAGUCACAGGAUUGUCCUGGAAUUGUACAGGUUCAGUGAUAGCAGGAACUUACGGGAGAUACGACCAUGAAGACUGGUGUACACACAAAGCUGCAGUGGCCACAUGGAACCUGGACAAACGAUCUCUCAACGUCAACAAACCAGACACUGUCAUUGAUUCUUCCUGCUGUAUCAUGUGUCUUGAAUUCCAUCCAGAAAACCCAGCGUGGAUAGCUGGGGGAAACUUUAAUGGUGAGGUUAUGGUCUGGGAUCUCAGCAAGGAAGAUGACCUUCUAAUAGCAACAUCUAGUAUUGGAGACGAUGCCCACAGGGCGGUCACCAAAGUCAAGUGGAUCCCUGAUCCUGGAUCCAAGAGUAGGAGGCAUCAGAUAAUCAGUGCCAGUGGUGAUGGAAAGAUUCUGAUUUGGGCGAUGAGUUCAAAGAAACAGAAAUUGAAACUUGUUGAUGGGUUUGUGUUGAUGGCUCAGAGCUUGCCUCGGAGUAUGAAGACCCGGUCAGUGAGAGCUGACAAGGAGAUUGGUGUGACGUGUCUGUCAUAUAACACAGAAGACAAGGACAUGUUCAUCAUUGGUUCUGAGAGUGGUUGUGUGUUCAAGUGUUCCAUGCAUGCACAAGGAAACCCUGCUGGAAGUCACGUGAUCUCCUCUGUGCCUCUGCGAUCCCCAGUCACCUUCACCUUCAACCCUCAUCAUGGCCCUGUGUACUCGGUGGAGUGUUCCCCAUAUCACAGACACGCCUUCCUCAGCUCUGGCAUGGACCAGUGUCUCCGCCUCUACAAUAUGCUCCAGGACCAACCAAUUCUGACAAUUGAGCCAGGUGAUGGGUACCUGUAUGGGGCCAAGUGGUCACCUGUCCGGCCAACAGUGCUGGCCACUGUGAGUGAGAAUGGCAGCCUGCUGGUGUAUGACCUGCGCGAGGGUAAUCUUGCUCCGCUGCAGAAACUGGAGGCAGGGAUGAAGAAGGCCUCUGUGUACAGCUUACAGUUUAAUGCUCACCAGCGCCAUCUCCUGGCAACUGGCGAUGGACUUGGCUACAUCAAGAUCUGGAAAUUGGGGGAUGAACUGACAACACAACUACCAAGAGAGAAUGAUCAGCUCAGUAAUCUGAUAAGCACUUCAGCUGACUAGGAGCUGUAUAGUGUUAUCAUGGUAAAAGUGUUAGGGGUAUCUAGAUUGUCUAACAUCAGGCCACAUUAUACAUUUGUUACAUUUUCUGGAAGAAGUUUUGAAAAUUAUUGUGACAAUAGAUACCAAUCAUGACAUUCCAAUUUAUGAGUUGAAUGCAGAGUAUAUAUAUACAGUUCAAACCAUCAUCUGCUAAUAUGAGUACUGUAGUAAUGUUACACAAUCUUUAACAUCUGACAUUUUCGAAUUAGUUUUUUAGCAGGAUGUAAAUACUUAGUACAAGUGAGCAAAGCAUUCAGAGCUGAAUACUUUGUUACAGGAUUAAAAAACAAAUGUAAAGAGAGGUGAAAAUUUAUGGAUGUCAACACAACGUAGCAGAGGAUAUUCUUAAUCUUUCAUCAUAAGUAUGAAUAUACUCUGAAACGUUGUGUUCCUCUUAAUAUGGGAGUUGACAUCCAUAAAUUCUCACCUUUGAUCUGUAUCACUUGCCAUUCAAAGACUUUAAAUAUAAAGACCAGAUUAGAUCUUAGAAUAUCGAUUCCCAUAGUACAUAGUGGAUAUGUACACCCAGUCAUUUCAAAGAUCUGACAAAGUUGCACUAACAACAAGUGCAAAAUUGUGGUCCAGCGGGAUCAACCUGAGUCAAACAUCUGAAUUGUAAUAAUGCCUCAUGCAGCUUCAAUUUGAAGUUGAACAAAGUGAUGUUUUUAAAUUAAUCUGGUAUGUUUUCAUCAGGAAAUGUACUCCUUUAAAGUUACCAAACAAAUCUGCUAACUUUUGUACAUCCUAUCAGUGCUUUACAUGUGGAAAAUUCAUCCAGCAUCUUUACUGUGUAAGUAGAUCUGUACGAUCUUUCUAAAAUUUUCCUGUGAAGUAAGAGACAUUUAUGUUAUAAAUAACUUGCAUAUAUAUCUAGGCGGAUCCAUACCCAUAGAAAUUCGUAACUAACGGAAAAGGGCUAACAUUCUCUUCAGAUUCAUACCUAUUUUAGAGCAUUUCUACCUCUCUUGUUUGACCCAUGUUUUGUUCAUAAGAAAAUAUAUUUUAUACAUUUUUGUUCAUUUUCGUGUUGAAGGCUAGCUGAGAACCUUAAAAUGCAAACACGCUAAUUACUAUGUGUUGUUACAUAAAACAGUUAAUGACAGCAAUGUCUCAACGUGAAAUGUUUUAACAUUAUUUCAAGUCAUUUGUAAUUUCAUUAGGUACAGAUUCGCCAUUUUGGGGAAGAGUGUAGGUACGAGUGGGUACCAGUUGUCCAGCAUUUGGGUACUAAACUGCCAGAAAGGUUUGGAUAGGAAUCUCUGUGGGUAUGGAUUGUUCUGUUCCCAUUUACAUCCAUACAAUUUGUGCAACCCGUCCAUAAUGUCUGUGAUAUUUUCCAUGAAUCACCUCAUACAAUAUCAUAUUUCGUAGAACUACCUUAAAUAUAUCUUCUCAAAUCCUU